AUUUCUUAUUGAAAUUAUUUCAAUUUUUGCAAGAAUAAUUCAUAUUUCACAUGAACCCAGACUUUUCGUGUUCUUCAAAAACAAAAUUCUAAGUAAUUUUGAGUAAUUUAGAUGUAUUUCUUUUCUAUGUGAGGAAACAAAAAGUAUAUUAAUUCUCACAAAAUAGUUUAUUUUAUUGCAUUUAUUAUUAUGAGACUUCAUUUUUACUUCACUAAAUCCAGCCCAAUUUUCAAAAAGUGUGGACAUCAACACUUAAAGAAGUGAAUUGUGUCCCUUCAGACCUGGAUGCGCGCCCCCGUCCUGUCGGUGGCGCGCCUGGCGUUUCCCUGUCCUGACAGUCGGUUCCAAAAUAGAUCCGGCCCCCCCUCCCCCUGUCCCGCUCCGUCCCGGUACUCUUCCUUCUCUCUUUCCCUGCUGAGGAGCGAGGAGCAGCUUUCCUGACUCCCGGACGCCGGACUAUAAUAAAUAAACCAAAACAUCAUCAGGAGGGUGAAGCUCAAACCAGAGGGGCCACACAUCAGAAGAGGGGGCUCCCCGCAACCUGAGCCAUGAGUCGCAGCAUCGUGCGGCAGAGCAAGUUUCGCCACGUCUUUGGCCAAGCAGUCAAAGCCGAUCAAAGUUACGAUGACAUUCGCGUCUCCAAGGUGACUUGGGACAGCUCCUUCUGUGCCGUCAACCCCAAGUUCUUGGCGGUCAUAGUUGAGUCCAGUGGAGGAGGAGCUUUUCUGGUCCUGCCCCUUUCUAAGUCCGGUCGUGUGGACAAGAACUACCCACUGGUGAUCGGUCACUCUGGACCCGUCCUCGAUAUCGACUGGUGUCCCCAUGACGACAACAUCAUUGCCAGCGGCUCGGAGGACUGCACCGCCAUGGUGUGGCAGAUCCCGGAUCAUACACUUAGCCGUCCUCUGUCUGACCCUGUGGUGGUUCUGGAGGGACACUCCAAACGGGUCGGCAUUAUUACUUGGCACCCCACGGCACGCAACAUCCUACUCACAGCAGGAAGUGAUAACUUGAUUAUUAUCUGGAACGUGGGGACAGGCGAGCCCGUCAUCUCAAUGGAUGACCACCCAGACCUCAUCUACAGCGUCAGCUGGAACAGAAACGGCAGCUUGUUUUGCACAACUUGUAAAGACCGGCGUCUGCGCGUCUGCGAUCCCCGAAAAAGGGAGGUGGUGGCGGAGCGCUUGGCUCCUCACGAAGGCAUCCGACCAAUGAGAGCCAUCUUCAUCAGAGAUGGAAACAUCUUCACGACAGGAUUCACCAGAAUGAGCCAGAGGGAACUCGGCCUCUGGGACCCGACAAAUUUUGAGGAACCUAUUGCACUUUUGGAGUUGGACACAAGUAAUGGAGUGUUGUUACCGUAUUAUGAUCCAGACGCGAACAUGGUCUAUCUUUGUGGAAAGGGGGAUAGCAGUAUUCGAUACUUUGAAGUCACAGAAGAGCCUCCUUAUGUUCAUUACCUCAGCACCUUCAGCAGUAAGGAGCCCCAAAGAGGGAUGGGCUUCAUGCCCAAGAGAGGCGUGGACGUCAGCAAAUGUGAGAUCGCGCGGUUAUACAAGCUGCUUGACAAGAAGUGUGAACCCAUCACAAUGACUGUGCCCAGAAAAUCCGAUCUUUUCCAAGAUGACCUGUAUCCCGACACAGCCGGGCCCGAGCCGGCCAUGGAGCCCGAGGAGUGGUUGGAUGGCCGUGACGAAGACCCCAUCCUGGUGUCCAUGAGAGAAGGCUACGUGCCGCCAAAGAGUCGAGAACUCAAGGUGGUGAAGAAGAACGUGCUGGACUCCAGACCCACCACGCGGCGCAGCAUGUCCACGAUGGACACCAACAGUCUGCCGCUCCUGUUUUUGUUUACUUUCUUCAGUUACCUACUAUCCCUGACCUUUUUUCCUAUUUUUCCAAGUCUUAUUUUUCCCUUCUGUUAUUACUCUGUUUUCCCCUCUUCCCCUUUUCUCAUCCUGUCCAGCCUCAGCUGCUUGAGAGGUUGUUGGAGGAGCUUCAGAACCUGAAAGCCACAGUUUUGUCGCAGGAAAAGAGGAUCUGCGACUUGGAGGAUAAGCUUUCCCAAUUUACCAACGGCACUGACUGAUACGGAAGCGAACACGCAUCUAAAAGAACUUGUCUGAAUUGCAGAAUCACAGUAAUCAUAAUCUAUUUCCACUGAACUUAACAAGGAAACACCCCACUGAAUACUCCAACAGUGUUGCCUCCUUAGACAGAGGGUGCUGUUUUUCCAGAGUUUAAAUGGGGUCAUUGGUCAGAAAGUACCAAUCAUAUACACUCCUAUUUUUAGCAGUUUAUUCCCUAAAUUCUUUUUCCAUCUUCUAAGUAAUAAAAAGUCGAUGCCACGGUUGUUCAUUUUUAUAGUAAUUCAUUAAAGACUGUAAAAUGGGAGUUGUGAUUUUGAAGGAAAUUGGCAUGUAGGAUAAAAGGUCAGAGGAAAGUGAACUCUCAAAAAAGAGGGAAUUGCAGAAGGAGUCGCAUAAACCAAAUGAAAACUAAAAAAAAACUUUGAUAUAAGCAUCAAAAAGUCGGCAGGUUUUAACAUCCUUCCCUUACUGCACUACAGUUUGGAUAAGUCACAUUGAAAGCUUUUUAACAUGUAAAUAAUGACUAAGGAAACUUAUAGAGGAAAUAUAUUGAACUUGUAGCAAAAUAUGAAAAGCAAAAACAUUUUUCUGUAAAAACUUGACAAAGACUUGACAACAAUAAAAACUGUUUUUUUAAAAA